AUGACAAGAUACAAUGGGAAGCUUGCUCUCAUGUACUCUGAUAAGUUUCGUAGUUACAUUGGUAGGAUCGAAUUGUGGGUUUUAGAGGAUGCUGCUAAACAUGAAUGGUCUAAUACGAUUUUUUCUUUGCCUCGUUUAGCUUGCUUGAAAACCAUGUUUCAAGUGUAUUGUGCCACUGAUGAUGAUGAUGCAGGAGAGUUUAUUGUGGCGCCAGAAACUUUGGGCGCACCACCGUUUUAUGUUUUGUAUUAUGAUCCCAAGAAAAAUAGCUUGAGAAGAGUCGAUAUUGAAGGGAUCACAGAAACAAAGCUUGAGUAUUGGGAUAAUGAUUUGGAUCGUCGUACAAUAUCUAUCUUCCCUAGUCAGGUUGAGAAUCUCAUGUUCCUCUAA